AUGUCGUUUCAUCAGUCGUUGGCUGCUAUGUGGCUUCUUCUCGAGAUCGUCGUGGCCUAUGCAUUGGGUCUUGCAAUCUACAGGCUUUAUUUCCACCCUCUCCGCAAGAUUCCUGGGCCGAAACACUUUGCCGUAUCUGGACUUCCGCAGGCCAUUGAGAACCAGUUCAGAGGUCUUUUCACUAGAAAGGUCCUCCGCUUCCAUGAAAAGUACGGUGACAUCGUUCGUACCGGGCCGAACCACUUGUCCAUGAACGGGACUAUUGGAUGGCCUGAAGUUUUCGGGCAUAGUCGCGGCGGACGAGCUGAAUUUUCUCACUGGGACGACUUUUACCAGAUCGGAGACAAGACUAACCAAUCUCUUUUCCCAGCUGAUAGAGAAAGCCACCGGCGCCAACGCCGUCUUCUGGCACAUGCCUUUUCUGAUGCUGCCAUGAAGGAGCAGGAGGCGUUGAUCAAGCAGUACGUUGACAAGCUUUUCGUCCAGUUACGCAAAGAGGCUGCGCAGCAAGGACCGACGGACAUGCUCAAAUGGUACAAUUUCACGACUUUCGACAUCAUUGGGGACCUCGUCUUCGGGGAGCCAUUCCACUGCUUGGACAACAGUGAUUAUCAUCCUUGGAUCGCUAUGAUAUUUGCUGGCAUCAGAGCUGGCGCCGGGAUGAUUGCAUUGCUGAAGAUGCCUCUGCUUCGUUGGACUCUCCAACUGAUAGUAUCCAAAAAGGACAUCCAGCAGCGCAAUGAACACAAGGCAAUGAGUAGAGAGAAGACGGAGCGAAGAAUAGCACUUGGUCCAGCACCCAAUGGCCGGAAGGACAUCAUGACGUACAUUCUUCGUCACAACGAUGAGAAAGGCAUGAGCCAUGCAGAGAUUCUGGGUAAUUCCGACGCUUUGAUCGCAGCUGGUAGCGAGACGACAGCAACCGCACUCUCAGGCUUGACCUACUAUAUCACAACCAAUCCGCAAGCUUUAAAAACCCUUCAACAGGAGAUCAGAUCAGCUUUCAGCACUGAGGAGGAAAUUACAAUGGCGUCGACUGCACAUCUCAAAUAUCUGCAUGCCUGUAUCGAGGAAGCUAUGCGAGUGUAUCCACCGGUUGUAGAAACGCCCCCACGUGUCUCUCCUGGUGAAUAUGUGAAUGGUUACUAUAUUCCCAAGGAUACUCUUAUCACGAUCCACCAAUGGGCCGUCCAUCACAAUCCCAGUAACUUCGCUCUGCCAGAUGCCUUCAUGCCUGAGCGAUGGCUCAGUCCUGACCACCCCUUGUACGACCCGCAAUUCAGUGCAGACAAGAAAGCAGCAUUCCAACCUUUCUCUUUCGGCCCACGAAACUGCAUCGGCAAGAAUCUUGCUUACGCUGAGAUGCGGCUUAUCGCUGCUCGGUUUUUCUGGAACUUCGACAUCGCGUUGCACCCCGAAAGUGCUGGAUGGCCAGAUAAGCAGAGGGUGUUCUUGCUUUGGGAGAAGAUCCCGUUGAUGGUGCGACUGAAACAAGUGGAGAGGAUUUAG